AUGGCACAUGUGGGUUUUGUGGAAAAUAAUUCUGCAGUCCAGAAAACUUCAUCAACAUGUAUCAGCAAUUUACUUACCGUCAAUAUCAGCGGCCAAAGAUUUCAACUAAUUCGAAAUAUUCUUUAUAUUCAUAGAAGUACAAGGCUUGGCAGAUUAGUGACUCAACCGUUUGUUGAAGAUAAUUUAUUUGACUAUUAUGAUGAAUUGCUUGAUGAAUAUUUUUUUCAAAGAGAUCCAACUUGUUUCCCGAUGAUACUUGCUUAUUACACCAGUGGUCAAUUGCAUUUGUCAUGUUUUUUGUGUCUAGAGUUUCUUCAAAAUGAAAUGCUUUAUUGGGGCAUUCCUUUCAGCUUACAAGGUUGUUGCACAAAUAAACGUCUUAUAGGAUUAGCUUCGAUUGAAAAUAAAAAAAACUGUACAAAUGAUUCAGAUAAAGUUAAUGAGCAAUCAAGAUCAUUAGAGAGUAAAGUAUCAAGUACUCAAAAAGAAAAAAUUUGGAAUUUUCUAGAAAACGAGGAUUCAUCAACGAUUGCAAUGGUAUUCAGCAAACUUUCCUUAAUAAUGACUAUUGUUUUUAUCAUCACUUUAUGCUUAAGUACUUUCCCUGAAUUGAAUACAACAUUGCCAAAUGGAAAAAAAGAAGUCAGCUCCAAAUUAAAAAACUUUGAUGCAGCAUGUUUUGUUUGGUUCACAUGCGAAUAUAUUGCACGAUUUUUGUCCUGCCCAAAUAAGUUACUUUUUAUUAAAUCAUUCCUUAGCGCUAUUGAUCUUUUGGCCAUUACGUCUACUUUCACAAACUUAAUAGUUACAGCUUCUCUAGGCCGCAACUCCCUUUAUAACGUGGCAGCGGCACGCUUUAUCAAGGCUCUUCAAAUACUGUGCAUAUUUCGUAUAUUUAAACUAGGUAGAUAUUUUCCUGGAUUUCAAGUACUUGGUCACACCAUCUUACAAUGCGUUUCUGAAUUAGUCCUUUUUUUAAUGCUAGUAAUUGUAGACAUGGUAUUUUUUUCUGCACUUGUAUACCACGUAGAGGAACACGUUCAAGACACAAAGUUUACUAGUAUCGUGGAAAGUUUUUGGUGGGCAAUAGCCACAAUUUCAACAGUUGGAUACGGAGAUAUUUAUCCAAGAACCACCGUAGGAAAACUACUAGGAGGCAUGUGUUGUUUAUCUGGAAUGAUGUUCAUAACAUUACCUAUUCCAAUCAUUGCAAAUAGCUUUUUUAAUUCGUAUAAACACCUCAUAGAAAGUAGAAAACAAAACAAAUCGAAAUGA